UGUAGCCACCUGGGGCAUGUGCUCCGAGAAGAAACGCGGAAGAAACACGCACUUCAGAAUAAGGGGAUCUUUCUUCUUCUUUGAGAAAGCCAGAGCGAAUCAGCAGCGAGCGCCGGCUGCGGUUCAUUCGGUCGAUUCGCCUCGCCGGCGGCAUCCAGGACUCGCGCGCGCAGGGCUCCUCGUCGGCCGGUUCUCCAUCAGGUUUCGCUGAUGUGGUGUCCCCUGUUCGGUGGAGAGGGAGAGAUUUUCCCCGCUCUGUGAUGUUCCACUGUUGCUCUGACGCCGGAGGAAAUUGAUGUUCACAACCAGUGACAUCGGAAGAGAUUUAUCUCAGAAAAGUUUGAUUGUGUGCUUGCACACCGGGGUGCUUCGCCCUGAGUUAUCCUGUUGAGUUUAUCAUAAGAGUGUUUGCUCUAUAGUGGUUCGGUAUUUAUUUUAGUUCUGCCCUUUGGAGCACUGGAGUGAAGAGUGAGGGAUUUUGUCAUUGCAGGCCACGACCUUUAAAUAGGCUGUUGUAAAAGUAGUGCAUAGUUGCCACAUUCAUCUUUCUAAAUAUAGAUUGCUAUAAUGGAGGAUAGGAGGACGAUUUUGAUGGAACGUUAUGAAAUUGGGAGACACUUAGGGCAAGGGAACUUCGCCAAGGUAUAUUAUGCUCGGAAUCUUAUCAGUGGACAAGGUGUUGCAAUAAAGAUAAUUGAUAAGGACAAGGUUUCGAGGGUUGGGCUAAUGGUGCAGAUAAAGAGGGAGAUUUCUAUAAUGAGAUUGGUCAGGCAUCCAAACGUCCUAAAACUUUUUGAGGUAAUGGCUAGCAAGAGCAAGAUUUACUUUGUUUUGGAGUAUGCUAAAGGUGGCGAGCUUUUCAACAAAAUAACCAAGGGAAAGUUAAGUGAGGAUGCUGCAAGGAAGUACUUCCAUCAAUUGAUCAGUGCUGUGGACUACUGCCAUAGCAGAGGUGUUUAUCAUCGCGACUUGAAGCCGGAAAACCUACUCCUGGAUGAGAAUGAGAACCUAAAAGUCUCUGAUUUUGGUUUAAGCGCUCUAGCCGAGUCCACGAGACAAGAUGGCCUCCUCCAUACCACAUGUGGAACUCCAGCUUAUGUUGCUCCAGAAGUGCUUAGCAGGAGAGGCUAUGACGGUGCGAAGGCUGACAUAUGGUCUUGUGGAGUAAUUCUAUUUGUGCUGGUGGCUGGUUUCCUUCCUUUCCAUGAUACAAAUCUUAUAGAGAUGUAUAGGAAGAUUUCCAGAGCUGAAUAUAGAUGCCCUCGUCCUUUUUCUGUUGAGUUGAAGGAUCUACUAUAUAAGAUUCUUGAUCCAGAUCCAAGUACUAGAGCUUCUAUCUCAAGGAUAAAGAGAAGUGCUUGGUACCGAAAACCCAUCGAGGCAAAUGCACUGAAGAUCAAACAUGAAACAAGAGACAAGGUAUACAAAGGUGAAGCCACAACCUCUGACUCGACAGAAUGCAGUAAUUCAGAGGAAAAUCAAGCGUCCUCAAGCCUCACAAACUUGAAUGCAUUUGACAUCAUCUCUCUCUCAACAGGAUUUGACCUAUCCAAUUUAUUUGAAGAGAAGUAUGGUCGGAGGGAGGACAGAUUUACCACUAGGCAGCCAGCAGCGACUGUAUUUGCUAAGUUAAAUGAACUGGCCAAGCAUUUGAAGCUCAAAAUUAAGAAGAAAGAAAAUGGUGUUUUGAAAUUGGCAGCACCAAAGGAGGGGAUAAAGGGAUUUCUUGAGCUUGACGCGGAGAUUUUUGAGCUCGCGCCUUCUUUUCUGUUAGUUGAAUUAAAAAAGACUAAUGGAGAUACUCUAGAGUAUAAAAAACUCAUGAAAGAUGAAAUAAGGCCCGCACUCAAGGAUGUGAUUUGGGCGUGGCAAGGUGACUCACACCCGCAGCCUGAGCAAUGUAUCCAAGGAGAGCAGCAGCGACGGCAGCAGUCGUCUUUGCCAUCACAGCAGCCACAGGAGUAAUCUGCCCAUUGCAGGCCUGCUACCCCAAAAGUCACAGGACAGGGUGCAACCACCGUGCUGAUACAGCCAUGGUAUCGACGGUACUUAUCCAAACUGCCGUUGCCACCUACAAAUCAUGCAGCCAGUUGUAACUGCCGGUACCUGUUUGGCACCACAUCAGCUGCAGGACGAGUUCCAACAGCCGACUCAUUGACAGAAAUAUCAUUGGAUCAAGGUUCUCCCUGUACUAGUAGUUCCACUUCCUACCAUUUGACAGUUUUCCUUCUUUUGCUCCUUUAUGUUUCUGCAAUUUCUUCUGAUGUUGUAUAUUCCUGAUUUACUAAAAAUACAGAGUACAUUACACAUGUUUCAAUUUUGAGAAUAUGCGUGUGCUUACAGAAA